UUAGCAACGAUGCUAACGCUCAAGCUGUUGGCAUAUGAGAAAACUCUUUAUUCUCGUUCCUCACAAACAUAAAUCAUCGUAUUCGUACUUUCUCCAACACCGCAAACCACUGUCCGCGUCCGUUUCUAGUUCCACCAUUACUAACCAACCAAAAUGGAACUCCAAAACCAACGUGGUGAUCACACACCCAACUCUUCUCGUCAUGGAAUCAUGUUCAUCCAUGCCACAAUUGAAGCAGAUUCAAGCACGCAUGACCCUCACUGGCCUCAUCACGCACACCUUCCCUCUCAGCCGAGUCAUCGCUUUCUGCGCUCUCGCCGAUGCCGGUGACAUUCGCUACGCUCACCUUCUCUUCCACCACUUUCACCAACCCAACACCUAUAUGUGGAACACCAUGAUUCGUGGCUAUAUCAAGGCACAAAUUCCCACCUUGGCUUUCUCGUUCUUUCUCCGUAUGCUUCGACGACGCGUUCCGAUGGAUUGCAGGACCUUCGUUUUCGCUCUCAAGGCGUGCGAGAAGUUUUUGAGGGCUUCUGAAGGGGAAUCGGUGCAUUGCGUAGGUUGGAAAAUGGGGUUUGGUUCUGAGUUGAUCGCGCGAAAUGGGUUGGUUCAUUUUUAUGCUGAUCGUGGUUGGUUGAAGCACGCGCGUGAAGUGUUUGAUGAAAGUUCUGACAGGGAUGUUGUUACUUGGACCACGAUGAUUGACGGGUAUGCGGCCCAUAACUGUUCAGAUGCGGCUAUGGGGUUGUUUAGUUUGAUGUUGGUGAGUGAUGUUGAGCCCAAUGAGGUGACUUUGAUCGCGGUGCUUUCCGCGUGUUCUCAGAAGGGUGACAUUGAAAUGGGGAAAAGCAUUCAUGAAAAUGUGGAGAAGAAGAAUGUAAGGUGUGGGUUGAGUUUACACAAUGCCUUGUUGGAUAUGUAUGUGAAAUGUGGUUGUUUGAUGGCUGCUAGGGAGCUUUUUGACAGGAUGGAAACUAAGGAUGUUUUCUCAUGGACUAGCAUGGUUAAUGGGUAUGCUAAAUGUGGUGACUUGGAGUCUGCAAGGAGGUUUUUUGAUCAAACUCCUCAGAAAAAUGUGGUCUGCUGGAGUGCAAUAAUUGCAGGAUAUUCUCAGAAUAACAAACCCAAGGAAUCGUUGAAAUUGUUUCGCAAAAUGGUUGGGGUGGGUGUGGUUCCGGGUGAGCACACCUUAGUGAGUGUGCUCUCUGCUUGUGGCCAGCUGAGUUGCUUGAAUUUGGGUCAUUGGAUUUGUCAGUAUUUUGUCAAUGAAAAAAGAAUGCCCCUUAGUGUUACUCUCGCAAAUGCCAUUAUAGAUAUGUAUGCCAAAUGUGGAAGCAUAGAUGCAGCUGCAGAAGUCUUCCGUGGAAUGCCGGAGAGAAACCUGGUUUCUUGGAAUUCAAUGAUUGCAGGGUAUGCUGCCAAUGGUCAAGCAAAGCACGCUAUCUACAUUUUUGAUGAGAUGAGAUAUAUGGGAUUUAAGCCAGAUGGCAUUACAUUUGUGAGCUUGUUGACAGCUUGCAGUCAUGGUGGUUUAAUUUCUGAAGGUCAAGAAUACUUUGAUACUAUGGAAAGAAACUAUGGGAUAAAACCCAAAAAGGAACAUUAUGCAUGCAUGAUUGAUCUACUAGGUCGAACUGGGCUUCUGGAAGAAGCUUACAAGUUAAUAACAAACAUGCCAAUGCAACCUUGUGAAGCUGCUUGGGGUGCCCUUCUAAAUGCUUGUAGAAUGCACGGCAAUGUUAAGUUGGCCAGAUUGUCGGCUCGUCAUCUUUUAAGCUUGGAUCCAGAAGACAGUGGCAUUUAUGUGCUGUUGGCAAAUAUUUGUGCUAAAGAGAGAAAAUGGGGUGAUGUGAAGAGAGUGCGUAGUUUGAUGAGAGACAAGGGUGUGAAGAAGAUUCCUGGUCAUAGCUUAAUAGACAUAGAUGGUGAAUUCAAAGAAUUUUUGGUGGCAGAUGAAUCACACCCUCAAUCUGAGGAGAUCUAUAAAAUACUAGAUGAAAUAUUUUUGUUGUCAAAAUUGGAAGACUCUGACUUUUAGUUAUAGUCUUCAAUGGUAUGAGUAUGACCAUAUCUCUUCCCGUAAAAAUUGAAACCGAAAACCUUGUCUUGGGAAAAAUGUAUGGUGCUUGUAGUGGAUCUGACGCCAAUGUAAGUGGUGAAUGGUGUGGUCUCUUGCUCAGUCCGAUGAUUUGCUUGACCAACAAAUGAUGUGUACUUGUAUUGCUAUUCAUGUAAGAGGAUUCCAUGUGGGGGCUAGUUACUGCAGAUAUUGGUAUAUAUAUUCCUGUUUGCAAUUUUGGGAACCUUGCGACAGGUUUAUUGGUUUAUAGCAUGUUUGUAACUGAGUUUAAACAUAUGCUUAAAACUCAUGUUAAUC